UUUGUAGGUGGAUGAGAAGCUCAAACUAGAAAGCGUGGCGUAUGUGAUUCCAUGAAAUGCUCUGUAAAUAACUACACUUUUCAUUCCAAUGCUGCCUCUGUCAAACUGCAAAAGAAAACGAAGCCAUAGUUUCCAAAGUCUGCCUGUUCACUUUAAAUGGAACAUAAAGUGAAUAAACCCAAUAAAAUCUAAAAAAUAAAAAAUAGCCUCCUUGUUAUUUAUUUAUCCCCCCACCCCCAUUAAUUUUGCUUCAUGUAUCAAAUAAUCUGUGACUACAUUGUGGCCUUCAUUUAAGGAGGAAGUUUGAUGGUUGCAUAAUUAGCUGGUGUCACUGUCAUUUACUCAUAACUUGUUAGAUUAGGGAACUGCAGCUGAAACUCGUUCGCUUUAAGCUGACUCCUAUUUGCUCGUGUAAAGUUUGCGUCACAGUUUGAAACCUCAGCUUGGUCUGACACUGAGGCAACUUCCUGCACUUGAAUUAAACGGUGAGAAGUUUUUGAAGCCGUACAAGCCAUUUGAGCCGGAAAGAGCUACCAACCCAACAUCAGCUAAUAGCCAUGACUAACAAGCUCACCUUGCUGCAAUUUCUUUUUCUGCUGACUGUGAGCAGCUUGGUCUCAUGCAGACAUUUACUUGGUGUCGAAGAUCAGAAUCUGCAAAAUACAACAGUCUCCAACUACACACUGCAAUAUAACAAUGAAACUUUACUUCAGCCCACCAGUGGAACUCCCCAGACCACAGAGUUAAGAGAAGAACGGUCUGCUGCAGCUCCCGCAACCAGCCAGAAUAAUUCAGAAACGGCCCACGGCCAACCUUUACAGGGAAAUGGAACUUCUGGAAACCUUUAUAACAUUGAUGGAACUGAAACAAACAGCACCAAACACCAGUCAGCAGGUAACGGAAGUUUGGCAGGUACUGAAAGUCCUCCUCAAACCUCACUUCCUGAGAAAAAUGGCAGUUCGGACCCCACGAUGCCAAACUCUGCUCCCACAUUUUCUGCCUCAGUGAAACCUAGAAAUGGAGUGAAUGCCACAAAUCCUGUCCCUACUGUGGUGACGAUGCCUCAUGUGAGCACAGAUGGACCUUCAAGAUCAAGAACAACGGUCAAGCCAUUGGUUCCAUCAACCACAGAAUUAAGAACCACUCCGAAUCGCACACCAACUAAGCCACAUAGCACCAAAGUUUGUCCUACAGCCGAACCAAAAAGGGAAGGUCUCGUGAGUCGGUGCCUGAUUGCCAUCGCCAGUUUGACUGGUCUAGCGACCAUCUUCAUCAUGACCACCAUCAUCUUAGCCACAAAGUUGGCAGGCAGCAGAUACAGGCAGAGGGCGGGCCUGCUUCAUGAGACUGAGAUGGUCUGCAUAUCUGCCCUCAUGAAUGAUUCCGAUCAUCCCAUUCCCACACCGAAGCACCCUAAAAGCAAUGGCGCACUGAUCCCCAUCACUGAGGAUGAAGACGGUGAUGACCUCACCCUCAACAGUUUCCUGCAUGAUACAGAAGCUAUAGCAUAGAUAUUAGGUUCGUUUUUAUAUGCAAAUCUUAAACCUGACUGGAAAAUCAAAUCAAUCAAGCGUCUGCAUUGCGGAUGAAGAUGGAGUUGAUCUGACCCUCUUAAUUCUUCCUUCCUUAUGUGAGGUGUGUGUGGUGAAGCCAUUACCACUGGCUCUUUGUUUUAAUCAAGUAUUUCUAUAUUGCUGUUAAACAAGACUGAUGCACUUUGUAACCCUGAAUGUUUCUCAGAAAACCAGAGACUCGCAGAACUUGAAUCAUUUCUAAAAUACUUAGUCUCCAGAACAAACUGUGAGAAAAGCCUGCACUUUGGUCUACGCCAAAUUUGUUGUGUACUGAUGCAUAAAUAGAGAUUAGUUUCCUCUGGAGGCCCAACAGAAGCUGGUUGUCAGCACAGAUGAUAAUAUUUGUGUUUGUAAUGGUGUUGCAUAGGAAAUGUGUGAACUCAGACUGACAAAAGAGGAAGCGGAAGUGCGUAUUUAAACAUAGUUGUGCAUCAAUGUGUGACAGAAAAGCUGCCUAGUGAGAGCAACCUUGAACUGUGGCCUUCUUUCCAGCCAAACUGCACCAGAAUGUCUUAAUUCUGAAGCAGUGUGUGGUUGAUCAAUACCCCUACACGUGCAUAUUUAUACAUGUAGAUCAAAUGAACUGCUUUACUCAUGUUUUUUUAUAGUCCUGUUUAUAAGGAAGCUCUUACUCAGUGGCUGUACAUAAUAGGCUGAAAUAUCAUUUAACGUCAUUUGUAUGUUGUAAUCCACUGUAUUUUUUUUUUUUAAAUCACAAGUCAAUUGACUCAUGUAUUUUGCAGACUUGUGUUCCUGUUUCCAGUCGUCUCUUUUGUGAUUCAUAAGUUCCAAACAACAGGUCGGGUGCUGGUUUGUUAUAUGCAUGUGCAAGCGACAUCUUUCUGAGCUUUCUAUUGGUGGCGUGCAUCAGUACUAGGAUCACAACAUAAAAGUCACAUAAGCAGGUCGCUGUUCAUUAUCAUGGGUCCUUCUUCUUCUUCAUUCAUUCAUCUUCAGUAACUGAUUUUUAUCAUGGUUGGCAUUUUAUAGUUUAAAUGAUUUUUUUAACCAUAUAUAUUGGGAAAUAGAACUAACUUGCCAGCAGGUACAAUCCAAAAUAAUAUACUUCGUCAGGAAAAAAAACAAAAAAACACUCCCUGCAGGACUAGGUGUUAAAAUGGUCUGAAUUUCUUCAGGAGCCAACUAAAGUGGGAUUAAAGAAACAGUCCCAUGUACACCUCCAGUGUUUUUUUUUUUUAAAUUAUUAGUAUAAAACAGUUAAGUAGAUCUGAGAUAACAACAGGAGCAGGCACUCUUGCUAAUACAUUAAUCACUAAUUUCCCCCUUUUGGACUCAAAACAUAAGAACAUCACAUCUUUGCACCAUCAGCCUCAUUUCAUAGAAAAGACCGAUGUAUCUAAUAACAGCCACUUUUAACUUACACAUUCCUUCUAUUUAAAUAAGUGCUUUAUCUUGAUCCACCAGUCCAUCGCAGGGUGUCUCACACUCAUUCACACUUCAGAGCAAUUUAAAAUAGCCAAUCUAUCAUGUUUAUGGGAAGUCAGAGGAAACCCACACAGUCAUGAGGAGAACAAAACAAAAGUCCACACAGACCGUAACCAGAGCUUAGGAACAAACCGGAGACCCUGGAGCUGUGUCUUCUUUAUUGCUAUAUCUACAGUACAUUUGUUAAUAUUCUCCUGAGUUGUGUAAACAGUGGUGCACAAAAUACCGCAUUUAAAUGGACUGUAAGUGUAAUUGACCUUUUUGGUAUACAGGUAUUAGGUUAUAGUAUUAAAACUAUCCUAUUAAAGUGAACUCUGAGUGUAGAGCACGUUAAUAUUUUCAUUUCUUUACACGUUCCGAAUGAUCCAAAUGUAUGGUUGUAACUGUACUGAUUGUUUUGUAUGGUUAAAAACCUGCUCUAUGUAAUUUACUCCCAUGGAGGGACGUUUGUGCUUUUUAGUCCUUUAUCUUAUUGGCAUUGCUCAUGUGUUGAGCCUUCUGUAAAGAUUUCUUUAUAUUUUAUGUGGUAGCAGACAAAAUGUCAUGGUGGCAUCGAGCAUAAAUUAAAGUCUCAACCUUUUAAAAAUGUUAUUUAUUUAUUUGAAUUUUUUUUUUUACAGAUGACACAGUCAUUUAUUUUGUUUGUUAUUUCCCAUAACAUAAGAUUUAGAGUUUCCAUGUGUCUAAAAGAUUGCAAGUUCAAAUUACUCUUGGGGUCCUUGAUGAAGAUGAAGACCAAGAACAUUAACUGCUCAUCUGGCAGAUCAAUAAAUAUCAUUUAAAAUAAGAUGUGUACAGGACGUCUAAUGAUUUCAGUCCUCUGUACAUUUAUGUAUACAGUAUAUAAUAUGUAGUCUAAUGUAAGCUCUACAGUAGGCCUAUAGAUGGGAGGCUUAUUUUAAAACUUGUGCAUACAUGAACUGUGUGUGUGUGUGUGUGUGUGUGUGUGUGUGUGUGUGUGUGUGUGUUUGUGGCCAAGAGGCUGUAAUCGCAAAAGCCUGAUGAGAGAGAGAGAGAGAGCAGAAACCAGGUUCAGAAAUAAGAGCUACACCCAGCGCCCACAGAGCCUCACCCAUGGGAGGUGCACACCACACCGCACUUCAAACUGAGCCUUCAUCAUGUGGCCUAAAAGACUGAAAAUACAUUUUUUUGUUUUUCAAUUAUUCAAUAUUACUGUUAAGCCUGGAGAUGUAUGGUUUUUAUAUAGAGUACAUAUGCUGCAUGUCCAGACCAGGCAAUGAGAGAUACUGUAUAGUGGGGGAAAUAAGUAUAAGUGCUUUUUCCCAUAAUGAGAUGUUUCUUGUGUGACACCUUGGUAACGAAAAGCCUUUUUUUUAUAGACCAUCAAUUUACUAACCCAGCAGAUAUUAAUUUGCACAGAUAGGGGGUAUAAUUACUUACGGAUUUCAGCUGGUUCCUUGCAUUACCUUACCUUGGAGAACUGCUUUUUCUUAGCGUGUUCAAUACUUUUUUCGCGUGUCAUUCCACUUUAAUACACAUAACUUUAUUUAUGGACUUUAAUGUUGUGAAUUCUUUAUAUUUCCGGAUUUCUUGAGUUAAUACCGAUGUGUGGUGAAAAUUUCAUGUGAAUAGCCUCAUUGGAAAUAUAUUUACUGGAAAAGUGUUGACUCAUUCAAUACUUAUUUCCCCAACUGUACAAAGUAAAAAGAAAAAUAAGAGUUCAGUGCACAUACAUUUUAGUUAUUUGAGGUGUUUGUGAGCUUCUUCUAGGAAGUUAAGGCGUAAACUGCUGAGUUGUUAAAAGUGAAUCCAGAUUAUAGUGCACAAGUUAGUAAUUAAUCACUUAUUUAGAGUAUGUCAUGUUCAAGCUAAAAAAAAGCAUUUCUGGAAGCAGCUUCCAGUAUCAGAGGUAAAACUACACCGAUCAGCAAUGACAUUAAAACUACUAACAAGUGAAGUAACAUGUUGAUUAUCUCGUUACAAUGGCACCUGUCAAGGCAUGGGAUAUUUUAGGCAGCAAGUGAAGAGUCAGUUCUCAAAGUUGAUGUGUUGGAAGCAGGAAAAAUGGGCAAGUGUAAGGAUCUGAGUGACUCUGACAAGAGUCAAAUUGCAAUGGCUGGAUGACCGGGUCAGAGCAUCUCCAAAAUGGCAGGUCUUGUAAGAAGUUUCCGGUAUGCAGUGAUUAGUACCUACCAAAAGUGGUCAAAAGGAAGGACACCCGGUGAACUGGUGACAGGUUCAUGGGCGCCCAAGACUCACUGAUGUGCAUAGGGAGCGAAGGCUAGCCCAUCUGGUCGGAUCCCACAGAAGAUCUGCUGUAGCACAAAAUGCUGAAAACGUUAAUACUGGCUAUGAUAAAAAGAUGAUAUGGGCCUUGAAGCCGCAGACUGGUCAGAGUGCCCAAAACUGACCCCUGUCCACUGAGCAUCAGAACUGGACCAUGUUGACUUG